UUUGCAAAAAUUCAGUCGCUUUAGAUGAUUAUUGUUGUCAUUUAUAAGUUCAUACAUGAUUUGAUAACAUUUUAUCGGAGUUAAUGAAUCUUAAAGGGCAUUACAUUCUCAGAAAACAGGAUAUCAGUUUGUUCCUCUGCUUGUCUCUGGAGCUUGUGCCCUCAGGGUCUGCCAGUUGUACCCUUAGCUGUAGGUAAUUUUACCUUUUAUGGUACAGAAAUGGACUAUGAUGAACACUUUUAUACUAUUGGGCGUACAUUAAUGUUGUUUGUACCUUGGGGAGUCCAUUUAAGGUACAGCCCAGGUGACAAGCAAAGAUAUAAACCUUUUUUUCCCCUGAGAGUUUGUUUACAAGGGCACCUAUAUAAUAAACAUUUUAAAAUUUUCAUAUUCAUCAGACCUAGAUUUCCCUGCUAACUGGGUAGGAUUAAAUAGGAUAUUUAAUAUUAACUUAAUUUCAAAUCGUAUUUCCAUAUUCGGAAAUUAGGCAUUCACGGUUUCUGUCAACGGCAGAUUGGCCGUGAACAUUUUUGGACGACGCAUAAGCCAGAAAUACGUAAAAUGAUUUGGAUCAAAUAAAAUCAUAUAUAAAUAUUGCUGUUAUUUGACGUUUGUUUGUGUAAGUGUAUAAUAUAUAUUUCAUGUUAAAAAUUCUCUCGGCAACCAGCAUCACUCACGAGUCUCUGUCACCGUGGAAUCUCGCGUUUCUCGUAGUAACUUAUAAACUUGACAGUGCCGUCAAUUUUGCAUUUUUGAUAAUAGACCCGAGUAUCAUUCGCGGAUUAUCACACCCCCGAGGAUCUACCGCCCCUAAAUCAGGCGAAUGUGAAAGGGUGACUUUGGUUCGCACUCGGUUUCGGGUCUCGCCGCGGUGACUCAGGAAGUUCCAUCUGCAGUCACUAGGUGGCGGUGGCCAUUUAAGCGGCGUUAUAUCCCCAAUGAAAGCCUGAAUCUACGCGGGUCUAUGGUAUGAAAAAGUUAAUCAAAAACACCAGCGCUUUUCGCUAACAAAUGGCACUCAAGGUAAGUUAAAUGUUACGGCUGUUUACAAGUACAGGAGAUAGUUAUACGCUGUCUUUGGCUAAUGAUCUACAAACUGGAGAACGGCUGAAAACGAGCACUAUGACCUACAACAUCGCUUGUGUGAUCUCGGCCGGUCGGGCCGUCCUGGAAAUGAUGCAGUUCGACUGGGAGCCGCUGUCCCACGGAGAGCUGGACCAGCGACUGGACCAGGCUGUGGAGGAGAUCCUGGAGGCCGAUCUCAUUGAGAGGGCGAAGAGCCAGACUGUGCCGGUGUGUCUGCAGCAGAUUCAGCCCCCAGAAGCGACGCCGCACCCCCUGCAAUCGGAAGCGGCUGAGCCGUCCGAGGAGUCUGAGCAAACACUGCUGUCGAAUCCAAUAGAAGAGGAUAACCGCGCAGUACGGUACAUCACAGAUCUUCUCCGGAACUCGGACUCCAGCUAUAGUAAGAGCCGGCUGACGGGUCGGGCGCGCCUCUCGCUGCCGCACACCGUGCUGCUGUCCCUCACCCUGCUGUCGCGGAGGCUCAGCUAUCGCUCCGUGUCCACGCGCUUCCGGCUCGAGAAGGGCAACAUCCACCGCAUCUUCUUCGCGUUCUGCGAGCGCGUGAACGCACUCCGGGAUCAGCAGAUACGAUGGCCGGCGGGUCAAGAAGCAGAGAGGAUUUUAGUUCCUUUGUCGGAUGCCUUGGAGGAAGCUGAGGGUGUGGAGAAGACAGAGGUCCCCAAGGUGUUCGGCAUCCUGGGACACACUCGCAUCCCCAUCCGGCUGCCGAUCGGCAAGCAGGAGAUUGGGGAAGGCCUGCUGGAGAUGAGGAAGAUGAAGAAGGAGGUGCACCCAGACUCGUGGCUUAACCUGGAGCUGGUGUGUGAUGGCCAGGGCCGAUUCCUGCACUGCAGCAUCAGCAGGGGCUCCGACGGGGCCCGGGGCCAGGCCCUGAGGGAGCGCCUUAGGUUGGACCCGCACGCUGUGCCCCACGGCGCCUUCCUGGUGGCUGGGCGGGGUUACCCGCCGUCGGCCCGGAUACUGACCCCAUACCCCGUAGCGGGCUGCGGCCCCCGGGAGGAAGCCUACAGUCGGACCCUGGCGGCUCACCUAGACGUGCUGGACCAGGCCGUGGCCGAGCUCAAAGCUCGCUUCCACCGCCUGCGCUACCUGGACAUGGGGAAUUUUGAGAGAGCGCGGGCCGUGGUGCUGACCGCGUGCAUCCUGCACAACGUGUUGCUGGAGAUGGGAGAGCGUGUGACUCCUGCACAGGUGGUGAGGGAGGAGGGGGAUGAAGAGGAGGGACAGGGGGACGAGGAUGGGCUGAGGACGAGGGAGGCCAUCGCGGACCUGCUAUCCAGAAGGACUCGAGUUGGGAGCAGCUGAAAUAUUGUAAAGAACGGGAGCUGAUCACUGAAAGAUGCUGCCUGUUUCACACGACCCCACAGUAUACACAAGACUCAGAUCUGCUGUAAAGAUUCUUUUUAUUAAAAGCUCCAUUGAUAGCUUCUGCAGCCUGUGUGCAAGAUCUAUUUACAAUGGCAGCCUUUUUCAUUUUUUUUUCUCAAAAUGCCUUGACAGCACAGUCUUGAAUCGCAGGUGCAAACUGACAGACUUAUGUGCAAAAUAGUACUUUGGGUUUUCACUCAAAUCAACUAGAACAUCAUUCUUUAUUGCUUUUAAAUUAUUGUUAAUCCAAUAAAGAGCUGCGUUCAUACAAAUACCCUCCCAGCAGUGGGUGAUAACUGGAAAAAAAAUAGUUACAGAUUCUUCAAGAGUGUAUCCACAGAAAAUGUAAACACACCAUUUUUUAUUUAUAAAUGUAAUAAAUAUUGAAUGUUUUUAAA